GACCGCAGCAGCAUCACAGAGCUGGGGCUGAGAUGUGCGUGGGGGUUGUUUUCCUUACAUCUUGCAAGACAAGAAAAGAAGACAGAACCAGGAUCCAGAGCACCCAUGCUAGGUGGAAUUAGGGUUUCUUUCUUUUUAUAUUCAGAGAGGUAAAGGGCAAGAGGCAGGCUUGCAGGGCCUGCCCAGAGGCCCACUUCUGAUGGGAGGCAUUGUUUUUUAGGAGUGCUGGGGGUAUAAGUUUAGAUACUCUCCAGAAAAAAAAACUGUGGGGAAAAGCAGGAGCAACAGGGUACUUGACUGAACACAGAAGAGGAACCAUUUCCUGUACAGGAAAGGAAGCAGACAGCAGCGAGAACUGGGGGCCAGAGAGUGGUGUGGAGGUGGCAAAAGCCAGGCGUAUAGUUGGACACACAAGGAGAGCUGCAGAGAGGACAGCUUGGGUACAGGGGAACAAUGACUCAUUUGCAAGCUGGUCUCUCUCCGGAGACCUUGGAGAAGGCUCGCCUGGAACUCAAUGAGAACCCAGACACUCUGCACCAGGACAUCCAAGAAGUGAGGGACAUGGUCAUCACCAGGCCGGACAUUGGUUUUCUGCGCACGGAUGACGCUUUCAUCUUACGCUUCUUGCGGGCCAGGAAGUUUCAUCACUUCGAGGCUUUCCGCCUCUUGGCCCAAUACUUUGAGUAUCGGCAGCAGAACCUGGAUAUGUUCAAAAGCUUCAAGGCCACUGACCCUGGCAUCAAGCAGGCGCUGAAGGAUGGCUUUCCUGGGGGCCUGGCCAAUCUGGACCACUAUGGGAGGAAGAUUCUAGUCCUUUUUGCUGCCAACUGGGAUCAGAGCAGGUACACAUUGGUGGAUAUUUUGCGUGCCAUCUUACUUUCACUAGAAGCCAUGAUUGAAGAUCCUGAGCUUCAAGUAAAUGGAUUUGUUUUGAUCAUAGACUGGAGUAACUUUACCUUCAAGCAAGCUUCUAAGCUUACACCAAGCAUGCUACGACUUGCCAUCGAAGGCCUUCAGGACAGCUUCCCCGCAAGAUUUGGAGGAAUCCAUUUUGUCAAUCAGCCUUGGUAUAUCCAUGCCCUGUACACUGUGAUCCGACCAUUCCUGAAGGAGAAGACUCGGAAAAGGAUAUUUUUGCAUGGCAACAACCUGAACAGUCUACACCAGCUCAUUCAUCCUGAGAUCUUGCCUUCUGAGUUUGGAGGAAUGUUGCCACCGUAUGACAUGGGAACAUGGGCAAGAACCCUGCUGGACCAUGAGUAUGACGAUGACAGCGAGUACAACGUGGAUUCCUAUAGCAUGCCUGUGAAGGAAGUAGAGAAGGAACUCUCCCCCAAAUCCAUGAAGAGAUCUCAAUCAGUAGUGGACCCCACAGCACUAAAACGCAUGGAUAAAAGUGAGGAAGAAAACAUGCAGCCUUUACUUUCUCUGGACUGAGAACUUUUCCACCCCUACCCCAUGGAUUAGAAAUGGGAGGUACUGGCUUUCAGCAACAGGGACAGCGCUGUGGCAUUUACCUGCUGCAAAACCUUAUUCACGUCAAUGUAGCAUUAAUGCAUAAGGCAUCUGGCUUUCACAUUUGCCUAAACCAUGGGUGCCCUGGGCUAGAUUUUAAAAAGUCAAUAAUUUAUUCUGUAAGUGCCAAGUUCUUUGUAAAUACAAUAUAGUCUUCACAUCAAGUUUGUAAAUUUUGGUAGUAAUUUAAUUUGGGAAAGAUUGACUCCUAAGUUUGAGCCAGUGAUAUGGACUAUAAUAAGAAGCAUAAACUAUAAGCAUACACUAUAAAAUUUAAUUAAAUGUAUCCCUGUUUCCUAUGAAGCCAUAUUUCUGCUAUCAUAGUGAAUUGUUUCAUUGUUUUCUCUGAAACACUGUCAAUAUUCAAAGAUACUUUGGGCACAGCAAGCUCAGUUAUUCCAGGAAAUCAUUUAUGAUUAAUGUUUCCCUGUUUAGCUAUUUUCAUUUCAGAGGAACUAUUCUACAAUCAUCACUGGCUGCAACUGGAGACAAAGAGUGGAUGAUGAGCUGAUAAACAAAAAGUCCUGAGCUUAUCUCUGUUGUUUGAUUUACACAGUCUUUCAAGAAAAUGUGUUUCCUCACUCAAGAUGUGUAAUUCUGAAAAAGUACCGGUUUUUGUCUAAAUUCCUGUCUUCACAAUGUUGCAUUUACUUAAGAUUCCAUUGUAACCCCUGUCUGAUGUGCUUUACAAUAUUUUUACCCAAAAACUCACCCAAGAAAAUGAAAAUUAGUUCCCGAAUCAUUUUGAAAGCCAAUUUUGAACAUAAAAUUGAUCUCUCACAAAUCGGGGGCUAAUUUCCCAUCAUUGCGCACUUGUUGGAAAACAUAAAUAUUCACAUACUACGUAUAUAUAUUUUUAUUGAGUUCUAAUAAAUUCUUGAUAUGACAGGCUUUGAGAUGGCAUGGAAAAUGACUUUCAGUGAAAUAAAUAAAAAUGAGACCAUUUGAUAGACUUCAGGAUACCUAUUCAAGGGAUUUCAAUAUAUAAUAAAAUGAAAUCUGAAAUGUGUGUCACCUUAAUGAAUGUGGCUUUUUUCCUUUUAAGAAAUAACAAAUCUCAAUAUAACAUAGGUACCAGGCAAUAAAGAACAAAUGAGUUUUUCUUUUGGGUUAAUUAUCCUCGUGUCCUUUUAUGCUCAAAUUUUCUUUCGAGAAAAGAUUAAAAGAGAACGUGACAUCUGGCAGAUAUAAUAAAUGCAUUGGAGAGCAUAAAGACAACAUAUAACAGUUUAACUCUAGACUCAAAAGUUGUAUAUAAUUCAUAGUCUUAUUUCAUAAAUCUUGUAAGUAUAGUCAGUGUUAAACAUCUUAAUUUAAUUUUUAAAUUCCUGUGUAGAAAGGAAAGCAUUUAAUCACUUUUCCUGGCAGGAUGAAUUUUGAGAUUGAGAAUUUACCAUUAUUCAUUCAAAAGAAAAAUAUCUUCAGGAACUUUUGGAAACCAGUAUUAGUAAAGGCAUCUAACAAUCUUGACAUACUCAUUAGCCAAAAACUUCAAAAAAUGUAGAUAAUAUUAUGCAGCCUCAAAUUAGGUCUGCAGCAACAUGGGUGGCCUAAGGCUUGUAAAAUCACAAAGGUCAUAAACCUUUGAUAGUUAGUCUGCAUAUUUAAAGAUAUGUUAAGAAUGGUAACCUUCAGUGGGGUUAAUAAUAGUGAUCGUUGAAUAAUAGUGAAUAGCAGAAUAAUAGUGAUUGUUGGUCUGGGUACUCUGACCACCCUCGUGGCAGGGAUUUGAAUGAAGUGAGGAUUAAAAGCCAGAGAAAUUCCACUGGAUAAGAACCCAUGCACCACUUAGUAAUGUGUAUGCUUUUGUCUUCCUGGCAUACUUUCUAUAGCGCUGGACCUUCUUCACGACAUAAGCAUACAUCUGGAAGAAGGAGUCAUUGGAAUAAACCAAAAACAAAAUAAGCUCAGACAGGCAAUCUUAUUCUCUUUAGAUGCAUCGUUUGUUGACAGUGUUGAGAAUCCUACCAGCUUCGGAUGUCAUCCAGCAUAGCCAGCAUCCUCCUCCUAUCAAAAAGUUUGUGUCACAUAUAAAAAUAACUAGUAUCAUUUACACUCUCUCCUAAUCCCACAUUUGGCAUUGCUAAGCAUCUGCCCCUCUUCGAAUGAGCAACUGAAAGUUGGCUAGAUGGUGUACAAUAUUUUAAAAAUGAAUGAACAAAUUAAAACAGUGAUGCCUUCUGAUUUUCUGACAAUGGUUUUGAAGCUGCUAGUCAAAGGAUAUUUGUUCAAAUUUAUAAAUUUUCCCUUCAGCAUCAGCUAAAGCAAUGUUUAGCCAAAUGUUUCCCUAUUGUGAUAUUUUACAUCAUGUAGCAGUGUUGAUGGUUCAUGACCUAGUAAGGAGGUAGGCCAGUGUUCUGGAUCACUAGAUGGUCCUGACGGAUUCUUUAAAUUGAAACCUAUAUUUUGACUUUUAAAUGGUCUCAUUACUUGACAUUUGUGAACUCAAACUGAAAUAGUCCAGUGGACCAGUGUUCUCUUCAUUUUAAAAAAUGGUGCUGGGCAUUGAGCCCGGCCCUGAGUGUGCCCGGCAGGUGCUCUACUUCUGAGCCCUCGCCAAAUUCCUAUUCAUUUUUCUCUUUGUCUGUUCCAUCUCUUACAUCUUUCUUUUGGUUGUUUCAAGAAUAGUUGCUUCCAAAACUGGCUUAAAAAUAAAGAACUCUUCUUAUCA